AUGGCUCGAUUCAGCGGCGUCGUUAUGGUGCUAAUGGCUUCUCUCCUGCUGGCCUCGACCGGGGCGCAAUCCCCUGCAUCGUCACCAGCCAAGUCUCCCGCACUUUCUCCCAAAAAAUCUCCCGCCGCCCCUUCUCCGUCGAGCACUCCACCUACGGCCGCUCCUUCUCCAUCGACCACUUCACCAUCGGCUUCUCCUUCCACAUCUCCCGUCGCCGACUCUCCACCUUCUCCCCCACCGUCGUCUCCCGCGGCGGCGACUGUUCCCUCUUCAGGUUCUGGAUCUCCCUCCGAGGCUCCCGCUCCUGCUAACGGUGCCGUUUUGAAUCGGUUCUCCGCCGCCGGAGCUCUAGCUGUUGGAGUUUUCGCUGCACUCAUUGUUAUGUAG